AUGCCUCAACAAUCUACCACCACCUCCGCUGGCAACUCCAAGGCACGCAGCAGCCAUCCUGCCCCGUCCUUUUCUCCUUCUGCCACUACCACUUCCGGCGGUGGAGGUUCCUCGAAGACCAACAGUAGCCAGCUACAGCAGUUCGCCGAAAGCUCUGCACGCUCUGAUCCAUGGACGACGGGUAGCCUGGACACCGAAAACAACGAGGAGAUCAACAAGGUCAUCAACGACGUCGACAGGCUGUUUGGUAAAUAA